UUUAUCGAUCCGCGCAGAUCUUGCUCUCCUCCUGCCCUUCUCCUCGUUACCACUUCACCACCAUGGCAGGAUUCGCCCCCAACCCCGCCGACAACAUCGCUGUUGCGACCAUUCGCACUCUCGCCGCCGAUGUCGUCGCCAAAGCCAACUCUGGCCAUCCUGGCGCGCCGAUGGGCAUGGCGCCGGCCGCCCACGUCCUCUUCACUCGUUUCCUGAACGCGAACCCCAAGGACUCGAAGUGGUUUAACAGGGAUCGCUUUGUUCUGUCGAAUGGACACGCUUGCGCGCUCCAGUACAUCAUGCUGCACCUGAUGGGCUACAAGCUCUCCAUGGACGACCUCAAGCAGUUCCGUCAGCUGGACUCGCUCACUCCCGGUCACCCCGAAGCCGGCCACACAGACGGUAUCGAAGUGACCACCGGGCCUCUCGGUCAGGGUAUCUCGAACGCCGUUGGGCUCGCAAUUGCGCAGGCUCACUUGGGGGCCGUCUACAACAAGCCCGGCUUCGAGCUGAUCAACAAUCACACCUACGCUUUCACCGGUGACGGCUGCCUCAUGGAGGGUGUUGCCAGCGAGGCUUGCAGCUUGGCAGGCCAUCUGCAGCUCGGCAACCUCAUCGCGAUCUACGACGACAACCACAUUACCAUUGACGGUGACACCAAUGUCGCUUUCACUGAGGACGUCCAAAAGCGCUUUGAGGCAUACGGCUGGCAGGUCCUGCACAUCGACAACGGCGACAGUGACCUCGAGGGCAUCUACAACGCUAUCGCCGCUGCAAAGGCGGAGAAGAACAAGCCGACCCUCAUCAAGAUGAAGACCACCAUCGGCUUCGGCUCUAAGCAGCAGGGUACCCACGGUGUUCACGGCUCCCCGUUGAAGGCUGACGAUAUCUCGGCGCUGAAGACCAAGUUCGGCUUCAAGCCCGAGCAGCAGUUCUUCGUCCCGGACGAGACGUACGCCGCCUACGCGGAGGUCGCGAAGAAGGGUGCCGAGCUCGAGGCUGCAUGGGACAAGCUCCUCGCCGCAUACGGCGAGAAGUACCCCAAGGAGCACGCCGAGCUCACCCGCCGCAUUGCUGGGAAGCUUCCGGAUGGCUGGGAGAAGGCCCUUCCCUCCUACACCCCGUCGGACCCGGCGCAGGCGUCGCGCAAGCUGUCCGAGAUCGUCCUUAGCAAGCUCGUUCCUGUCCUCCCGGAGCUCGUUGGCGGUUCCGCCGACUUGACUGGCAGCAAUUUGACGAAGGUCAAGGGCCAGACGGACUUCCAGCCGCCCAGCACUAACCUCGGCACAUACGCUGGCACGUACAUCCGCUAUGGUGUCCGUGAGCACGGUAUGGGCGCUAUCGGCAACGGUCUCGUCGCGUACGGUGGCAUCAUUCCUUACGUUGCGACGUUCUUGAACUUCGUCUCCUACGGUGUUGGCGCCCUUCGUCUGGCUGCCUUGAGUCACCAGCAGGUCAUUUGGGUCGGCACGCACGACUCCAUCGGUCUCGGUGAAGAUGGCCCUACCCACCAGCCGGUUGAGACCGCUGCCCACCUGCGCGCGAUUCCCAACCUUGCUUUCUGGCGUCCGGCCGACGGCAAUGAGACCUCCGCUGCGUACUACAAGGCGAUCACCAUGUCCGGCACGCCAUCCGUUCUCUCCUUGUCGCGCCAGAACCUCCCCAACCUCGAGGGCUCGACCAUCGAGCGCGCGUCGAAGGGUGGCUACGUCGUCCACGAGGUCGAGGGCGAGGACCUCACCAUCGUGAGCAGCGGUAGCGAGGUGUCGAUCGCCAUCGAGGCGGCGGGCAUCUUGAAGGAGCAGGGCAUCAAGGCUCGCGUUGUCAGCUUGCCGUGCUGGCUCUUGUUCGACCAGCAGCCGAAGGAGUACAGGUUGAGCGUCCUCCGCAGUGGCGCGCCCAUUCUGUCGCUCGAGGCGCUUUCUACCCUCGGGUGGCAGAAGUACAGUCACGAGCAGUAUGGUCUCCCGGCUUGGGGUGCGUCUGCCCCGUAUCAGAAGGUGUACGAGAAGUUCGGCAUCACUGGCAAGAACAUCGCGUCCGUCGGCAAGAAGAUCAUCGACUUCUACAAGGGCAAGGAGGUCGUGUCUCCCCUUGACAAGGCGCUCUGAGUCUUGAGUGUAUGAAUCUGUUUCGUUAGAUGUCUAGAAUUGGUUUGAAGAUAACGUUGUAUCCUUACUGUAGCCUGCCAUAGAAAAUGGUCUUUCUCUAGCGCUGACUGAGUUGC